CACAAGCCCGCGCCCAGCCUUCCUGCGUGGUUUCAGCUGCCCUGAGAGUGUCAUGGACUUGGGGAAGCCAAUGAAAAGUGUGCUGGUGGUGGCUCUCCUCGUUGUUUUCCAGGUGUGCCUGUGCCAAGAUGAGGUCACAGAUGAUUACAUCGGAGAAAACACCACGGUGGACUACACGCUGUUCGAGUCUGUGUGCGUCAUGAAGGAAGUGCGGGACUUCAAGGCGUGGUUCCUCCCCACCAUGUACUCCAUCAUCUGCUUCCUGGGCCUGGUGGGCAACGCGCUGGUCAUCCUGACCUACAUCUACUUCAAAAGGCUCAAGACCAUGACCGACACCUACCUGCUCAACCUGGCACUGGCCGACAUUCUCUUCCUGCUGACCCUGCCCUUCUGGGCCUACAGCGCAGCCAAGUCCUGGAUCUUUGGCGUCCACGUUUGCAAGCUCAUCUUUGCGGUCUACAAGAUAAGCUUCUUCAGCGGCAUGCUCCUGCUUCUUUGCAUCAGCAUCGACCGCUAUGUGGCCAUUGUCCAGGCCGUCUCGGCCCACCGCCACCGGGCCCGAGUCCUUUUCAUCAGCAAGCUCUCCUGUGUGUGCAUCUGGCUGCUGGCCACGGUGCUCUCCAUCCCGGAGAUGCUGUACAGCAACAUCCUGAGGAGCAACAGUGAGCAGGCCUUGCGGUGCUCGCUCAUCACCGAACAAGUGGAGGCCUUGGUCAGCAUCCAGGUGGCCCAGAUUGUGGUGGGCUUUCUGAUCCCUCUCGUGGCCAUGAGCUUCUGCUACCUUGUCAUCAUCCGCACCCUGCUGCAGGCGCGCAACUUCGAACGCAACAAGGCCAUCAAGGUGAUCAUCGCCGUGGUGGUGGUCUUCAUAGCCUUCCAGCUGCCCUACAAUGGGGUGGUCCUGGCCAAGACAGUGGUAAACGCCAAUGCCACCACCAGCUGUGAGCUCAGCAAGCAACUCAACAUUGCCUACGAUAUCACCUACAGCCUGGCCAGUGUCCGCUGCUGCAUCAACCCUUUCCUGUACGCCUUCAUCGGCGUCAAGUUUCGCAAUGACCUCUUCAAGCUCUUCAAGGAUUUGGGCUGCCUCAGCCAGGAGCGGCUCCGGCAGUGGUCUUCCUGCCGGCACACCCGACGUUCCUCGAUGAGUAUGGAGGCCGAGACCACCACCACCUUCUCUCCAUAGAGGCUUCUCUGCCUGGACUCGAGGGACCUCUCCCAGGGCCCCCAGGUCGGGGACAGCGAGCCGAUGACAUGACUUAG